CGGGGGGCGGAGCCGCUGCCGGUGCCGGUGCCGGUACCGGACGGGGCGGGGCUGAGGCCGCAGGGUGAUGGCGUCGGACGAGCGGCUCGCCCGGUUCCGGCAGGCGCAUCUCAACCCGUUCGACAAAGCGUCGGAGCCGCCUCCGGAGCGCCCCGAGGGGGGGGACACGGCCCCAGGCUCCCGGUUGGACCCGACCCCGGCGGACCCCGAGAGCGCCUUGGACCUGGGCCUGGCCGAGGAUCACUUCUCGCGGCCGGUGGGGCUGAUCCUGGCGUCGGACGUGCAGCAGCUGCUCCAGGCCAUCGAGGACUGCAAGCGGCUGAUCCCGGCGCUGCCCGAGCACUCGGAGCAGCAGAAGGAUGCGGUCGUUCGGCUCAUCCACCUCCGCCUCAAGCUGCAGGAGCUCAAGGACCCCGGGGAGGAUGAGCCCCACAUCCGGGUGGUGCUGGAGCAUCGAUUCUACAAGGAGAAGAGCAAGAGCGUGAAGCAGAUGUGUGACAAGUGCAGCACCAUCAUCUGGGGCCUCAUCCAGACCUGGUACACCUGCACAGGCUGCUACUACCGGUGCCAUAGCAAGUGCCUGCCACUGGUGAGCAAGCCCUGUGUGCGGGCCAAGGUCAGCCACCAGGCUGAGUACCAGCUCAGCAUCUGCCCUGAGAGUGGGCUGGACAGCCAGGACUACCGCUGUGCUGAGUGCCGGGCCCCCGUGUCCCUCCGGGGGGUGCCCAGCGAGGCCCGGCAGUGUGACUACACUGGACUGUACUACUGCAGCAGCUGCCAUUGGAAUGACCUGGCCGUGGUGCCCGCACGUGCCAUCCACAACUGGGACUUUGAGCCCAGAAAGGUGUCACGCUGUAGCAUGCGGUACCUGGCGCUGAUGGUGUCACGGCCUGUGCUGAAGCUGAGGGAGAUCAACCCUCUGCUCUUCAACUAUGUGGAGGAGCUGGUGGAGAUCCGGCUGCGCCAGGACAUCCUGCUCAUGAAGCCCUAUUUCAUCACCUGCAAGGAGGCGAUGGAGGCACGGCUGCUGCUGCAGCUGCAGGACCGGCAGCACUUCGUGGAGAACGAUGAGAUGUACUCACUGCAGGAUCUGAUUGACAUCGAGGCCGGACGCCUGAGCUGCUCCCUCACCGAGAUACACACCCUGUUCGCCAAGCACAUCAAGCUGGACUGUGAGCGUUGCCAGGCCAAGGGGUUCGUGUGUGAGCUCUGUAAGGAGGGUGACGUCCUCUUCCCCUUCGACAGCCACACGUCAGUCUGCACCGACUGUUCCGCCGUGUUUCACAGGGACUGCUACUAUGACAACUCCACCACCUGCCCCAAGUGUGCGCGGCUGAGCCUGCGCAAGCAGUCCCUCUUCCAGGACUCCACCAUGGAGGCAGAGCCCUGAUGGGGGAACCCAGGCCCCACGGCCACCCCAUGGCACCCUGGGGCAGACAUAGGCACCCCACAGCUGCUUGGGGCCAGGGGGAGUCCUGGCUCCAGAGCCCUCUGCCUG